AGUUAAAACGGGUAAACGUAUUUUUUUAUCAGGGCUGCAUAUACUGCAUAUGGGAAAUUUUAAACGGAAUAUUAUGUAUUAUAGAAUUCGAAUAGGGGUCAUUGUAUUUUGUCUGAUUAUGAGCGAUAUUUCAUGUGAGAACAAUGGUACAUGCAAGGGAGGGAAAUGCACGAAAUCGUUACCAAUUCCGCUUUUGGACCAUUUGAACGCACCACUUGUUGCUAAUUUAGAUAUUUCACAGUUCAACAAACAGCUACAGGAGUACAUAUCAGAUCAGAUCAAACAAGGGGUGGAAGAGGCAAAGACAGAUAUUUAUGAACGAAUGCAAGAAUUCGUCAAUAUGUUUGAAGACAAUAAAGUAAACGAAAGUUUAGUGAUGAUAAACAGGAUCGAAAACAUAAACAGAGAUAUGAACAUAAUGAAAAAUCAACAACACCAAAUGGAAACUCGUACAAUUGAAGAAACUGAAAGAUCAGGUAAUUUAACGUCUGAGAUUGUCGCUGAAAUGAAGCAAUUAGGAAGACAGCAACAAAAAUUCGUAACAGACGUGCAACAGUUGAAACUGUAUACAGAAUCAUUCAUCUCUACAAAAGAAGAAAAAGAUAAUUUCACAGCAGAAGUUAAAGAUGAAUUGAAAACUUUAGAAUUUCAACUGGUUGACAAUCAAGAAGAUGUCCAACUUUUAAAAACAUUCCAAGCAUCGGUGACAUCAAACAUUGAUUUGGCUGUCAAGAGAAUAUCUAUUAAUGAACAAAAAGUUUCUAUUGUUGACGACAAGGUACAACAUUUAGAAGAAGAGCAAAAUUCAAUUCGUUCCGACACAAACCAUGUAAAAAGUCGCCAGAACUCAAUUUCCUCAGACAUCAGUAGAGCUUUCAGUCGUCUUGAUUCAAACGAGGAACACGUUGGGUUUACGGCUUGUAUUGGUAAGGGUGAUGGAUCAACAAUAUCAGCAGGACAACCAAUACCAUUUACAUUAAGACGGUCAAGCUUUAAUGUCGAUAUGUCUAGUGUAACAAGCAAUGGAAAGUUCACAAUAACAACAAAGGGUUUAUACCUCGUAUCGGCAUCGAUAAUAAGUAAAACAAACAAUGGCUUUUUUUCAAUAAAUGAUGGAUCGUAUGAAAUUGCAUAUGGAUACACUGCUGAACAUAACGGAGAGAACACAUAUGAUCACAGUGGUACAGUAGUUGUAGUGCGAUAUUUUAUCUACGGAGAAAUAAUAACCGUAGUCCCAUGGCAAACCAUGUACAUUGAUGCUUGGUCCUGUAUGACUGUCGUUAGAAUAAAAUAAAAACAGUCAAGAACAUUUUUAAAGUGCGUUAAGAAGAAACUUGAUUUCAUCUUUUGUAAUAACCUUUUGACGUGGCACGGUAUCUAUUCGUCACGCAAAGUUAUUGUGCGAUGUAAAUUUUGUUUGUAUUCUUGUAUUUUUUUGUUUGUUUAAUGUCAUUUUGUUUUUCUUGUCAUAGCGGUUUGCUUUAUAGUAAUUAAGAUAUCACAAUGUUGACUGCUGUAUCCCUGUUUAUGAUUUGUUUUUCACCUUUUAUGUAGCUUUGUUUGUUUUGUCCACACACUGUUGUAAAUAUAAUUGAAUUUAAUGAGCUUGUUUUACAAGUUAGAGAUUUAGAGGUUUGAAAAGCGGAAUACUACUAUUGCCUUUAUUUAGCCAGCUAUGAACCAUGUUUAAUUCUUGAUUUAUUUCAUAAUGAAAUGGCUAUAACAUUCG